CGUUUGGCUUUUACCCAUUCCACCUCGGCAUAUUCCAUCUACCACCACCACCAGCUCUGUCAGCUGUACACGGGCGGUGACUGAGGUCGCCGGCGGGUAUUGUGGGUAGGCAUGGCGGACGCGAACGCGGAGUCGAUUCAGCAGAAGAUACAGAUAGCCCGGCGGGAUGCAGAGGCGCUCAAGGACCGGAUAAAGCGCAAGAAGGAUGAACUCGCCGACACCACACUUCGCGAGGUCGCGCGACAACGCACCGAAGCCUUGCCGAGGCUGGCAAUGCGGACGAAGCGAACACUCAAAGGUCACUUGGCCAAGAUCUAUGCAAUGCAUUGGUCAACCGACCGGAGACAUCUUGUCUCCGCAUCGCAAGACGGCAAGCUCAUCAUCUGGGACGCUUACACCACAAACAAAGUGCAUGCCAUACCCUUACGAUCAUCAUGGGUCAUGACAUGCGCAUACUCACCGAGCGGCAACUACGUAGCGUGUGGUGGCCUCGACAACAUCUGCUCGAUCUACAAUCUGUCCGCAAGGGAAGGGCCCACGCGGGUGGCGCGAGAACUUAGUGGACACUCCGGCUACCUCAGUUGCUGUCGCUUCAUCAACGACCGCCGCAUCCUCACUUCCUCUGGAGACAUGACGUGCGUGCUGUGGGAUAUCGAGUCCGGCCAGAAGAUCACAGAGUUCGCCGACCAUCUCGGCGACGUCAUGAGCCUCAGCAUAAACCCGCUGGAUAACAACCAAUUCGUGUCUGGAGCUUGCGACGCUUUUGCUAAGCUGUGGGAUAUCAGGCAGCAGAAGUGCAGUCAGACUUUUGCUGCGCACGAUUCAGACAUCAAUGCGAUUCAGUUCUUCCCGAACGGUAACGCAUUCGGAACGGGGUCUGAUGAUGCGUCUUGCCGGCUGUUUGAUAUUCGCGCUGACCGCGAGCUGCAAAGCUACACUAUUGGCGAGCCGGUGUGCGGUAUCACCUCCGUCGCGUUCUCAGUCUCCGGCCGAUUACUGUUCGCGGGCUACGAUGACUUUGAGUGCAAGGUCUGGGACACUCUCCGUGGCGAGCGGGUAGGAACACUACAAGGCCACGAUAACCGCGUCAGCUGUCUCGGCGUGUCGAACGACGCCAUGUCAUUAUGCACCGGAUCGUGGGAUUCAAUGCUCCGUAUCUGGGCAUGAUCUGCCAACCCACGACAAUAAUGCGAAGUGCAGAGCGAGAUACUCUGGACAUAAUAAUC